UCGAAGGAUGGGUUUGGAUUCUUCUUUCCCUAUUGCUAAUUCUUCAACUUUUCCCUCAUUUUUUGUUGCGUUUUGGCAAGAUUGCAAUUUUUGGGCUAUCUUGUUGGUGGUUUAGUGUAAAUGUUGGGUCUUUAGUGCUUGCUGAGGUUUUAAUUCUUAUAUUUUGUUCUGAUUCUAAUUGGUUCAAGGAAUAUUUUGUGCAUUGCCAUUCUAAAUCUAUUCUCUUUUUUGACUAUAUGAUCAAUAGCGACCUGGAUACGAGCUAGUUUCUCUUGGAAUGUAGAUAUUUGUGUAAAAGUUUAAUAUUUUACUUCCUUUCAGGUUUUUGAAUUUAUGGUUUUGGAGAAACAUGCAUUGGAGAGUGACUUUUAAGCAUGCAUGCAUACAUGCACCCAUGCCUACUUUAGAAAAAUUUUGAUGAUUCAUGAAUUAGUAACACUAUUUUUGCUUUAAAAAAAAAUCAUGUCAAUAGAAUAUAAAAAACAAUAUUUAUACUAGACAAAAGCUUAUUCAUAAAAUUAGUCCAUCCUGAGGAUCAACAAACCACCCAAACUUAAAUACAGUGCAAUUUCAAUAUUAUCUACUAAAACACUAUAUGAGUUUGGUUGUGUUCACUUGAGCAAGGUUGAAAAUAGGUUACUUUGCAGGCCUUGAUUGUAAAAAUAUGGGUAAAGUUUAGGUUUGUUCGAGUUGAUACCCUUGCAAAAAAUAUCAGUUAGUCUUUGAUUGGAUUGGACAAACUGACAUGCUAUUGGAAUUUGGAUUGCAGUCAAAUACCCAAUUUAUCAACCUAAAGUUGAUCCAAAAUUACAUUGGGUUGACAUUGAGCAUAACCCAGGUUAGUUAUAUAUCAACUUAAUUCAGCCUAAAUUGCAAAUUGGUUGGAUUAGGAUUGGGUAAACUUGGCCAAAGCUGCACUCUUGUGCAAGCAUAUUGGAUUAACACGUUUUAUAGGCUAGCAUCCCUGGCUUCUCAUGCAGUUCACCUCUCAACAACUCAGCCAUCUAACCACCAUUACUCGGCUAAAUUUUUAAUUUUAAAAUUUAAUAUUAUCAUAUAUCUUGAAUUUUAUUGAGGCUUAUGAAUGAGAUUUCUUAUUGUGAAGAGACCAUACAUUCAUGAGCAGGCGAAUCUCUUCAAACUUAGUAGUCCAUGGGGUUUACAUGUCCAAGAGAAAUGUAAGGAUUGAUUCCUUUGGAACCAAGUAGACCUUGAUGCAUUGGUUGAUAUAUCAUCGCCAUUGUAAGAAUAUUGUAUAGGAAAGAGCAAUGCCUAAUCUUAAAACCUCUGUAAUUUAAUUUCUUCAGAAAACUAUCUAUUCCCACCUCCUAGUGUCAGAAAAAUAACAAGAACAUUCUUGUCUUUAUCUUUUUACUUAUGAGAUGGGUAUUUUUAAAAACAUUAUAGUCCUUUCUAAUCUCAAUAGUAAAAAAAGAUCGAUGCGAUUAGGACCAGCCGCUAUUUUUUUGAAAAAAGAAAAUCAUGCAUGGCAUGCGUCAACAUCUUCCUAAUAUUAAAAAUAGUAAGAGAAUCUGGUGUUCAGAUCUUAUGAAUAGAAAAUAUUAAGGAAAAUUUUCUAAUGCAUCAUCAACUAAUAGCUCCUUGGAAAAAAUAGCUUAUUCAAUAUUUGAAAAAAAAGGAUAGGAUUUUGGUGGUAAGCUUGAUAAAUUGAUCCUAUAGUGAGAGGAUGGAAGUAUUACUGUGGACAGAGAAGGAAACAUGCAAGAUUCCAUAGCAAUGAGACAGUCAGAGUUCUUUGACAAUGGAAAUCCCUCUAUUUUGUAAGGAAAAAUUCUUCUAGGUCCAAAUUCUUCGCAACCAAGUUGGCAUUUCCAUGUGAGGGAAGAAAUGGAGUGUUCUUUGGAGAGGAUUUGCACUAAGAAUAGAGUUGGCCACUUUUGUCUAUUAGAACACCAACUCUUGCAAUUAAAUGCAAUGGAAAGAGUACAAUUGGGUCUAACAUACCAACUCUAGAUUGAAUACUUUCCGCAUAUGAACCAAUUCUAGAAAUGAUGGCAGUCACGUAUGGAAUCUGAGGUUAAUAUUCAUUUUCAUUAAUGAGUCACAGAGAUAGUUGAGAGAUUUGGGAGUUGAUUGCAGGAUUUAGAGAGUUGGAAGUUGAUUAAAAGACAAGGAUAUUAUGACUAGAAGAGUAAUUAAUGUGGGAGGCAUGCUUUGAGACAAACUCUAGCUAUUCUACAGAGCAUUUUGGGAAAGGGAUAUUUUGCGAAUAUGAGCAUUUCACACAGAAGAAACAUUGGCACAUUUAUAUAGUUUUCAAGAUAUAUAUUAUACACACACAUUUACAUAUACAUAUGUUAUAUUAAUUUAGGUUGAAUUUGGAAAUAGGGAGUGUGUCAUUCAACUUUUAUGAAGUUCUUAUAUCAACCAUGUUUUUAUUUUGUAAAGCACAGGGAGCAUGGAAAGGAUCGGCCAUGGAGGCAAUAAAGCACGCGAGUGGGGCAAUAGCGGGCGUUGAACAAGGUGAGGUAGAGAUUUUGCGGUUUAGGGGAUCAUUGGCUUGUGGGCCAUUGACAUUGUCAGAGGGGCCAAUUAUAGCUAGCUACUAGAGGAGGCGAUGUGCAUGGAAGCUAUAAGGAGAUUGAGAGAGAUUAAAAGGAUGUCCAAAGGUUUAAGGAAUUAUUCUAUUCUAGAUGGAUAGCAGUGCAUGGGCGAAGGAGGAUAACCUAGGAAAAGGAUAUUAUGGUUAGCACAAAUAGAGACAUAAUUUAUUGCUUCAGAAGCAUAGAAAACAACUCUUGCCAUAUCAACUUUUUUGUACACAUGACCCGUUCCAUAUACACUAUUAGGUGGCCUAAGAAGUAGAAGUAAAAUGGUCAACAAAACAAGGGGUCGGGAAUGAAAUUUCUGCUUAAAAGGUUCUGAACAUAAAUGAUAAUUAAACUAGGGGGCAUAAAUAAAUUUCUCUUAGAAUUUUCAAGGGUUGUUUGGUUGCCAUUUGCUUUCAUUUAAUUUAAAAUAAUGCAGAGAUUUUAUUUUAUCUACUUCUUUAAUAGCAUUGAUAUCAUGCUUCCUUGUAUGGAAGAGUCAAGAUAUUUCUUAGGUCAUAUCGCUUGAACUUUGUCGGGACGUGGUGGUUUAUAGGGUUGCUGCCAUCAGAGAUAUGGAUGUUGGGCAUGUGUUGGUCGAUGAACUGGUGAAGGAAAACCGUCAAACAGUUCUUGGCUCAAAAAGUUGGAAAGUGAUACCGACGGAGACACCGAGGUUUAGAUAACACUAUCGAUCUUUUAUGCUAGAGAAAGGAGAGGAAAGAAAUAUAGUUUUCUUGAGGAAAUCAUUCUUGAGCAAAGACCAUCGUUGUUCUAUCAAUUGCACCCGUUGGGGAAAAAGCCUUUUGUCAAGGAAAUCGCCCAUGGCAGAGGAAUUUGACAAUUCUUCGAAUGAUGAGGAAUUUCAGAGAGGGAAGCGUAGGAAGCUGGGGGGGGUAUACGGGAGGUUUCAAAGGGCAUUGCAGUCUCAUGAUUGGGAUCUUGCUGAGAGCUUGAUUUUGUCAAUUGAUCUACAAUACCGUAACAUUGGGCUUUGUAUGGCAGUAAGUACUAUUUGGUUUCUAUACACUCAACAAGAUUUGGCUAAAGCUACUCAGUUGAUAAAAAGGAUCGUCUCAAAUGGAGCGCAUGAUUUCACAAAGGUGACUUGUCAGACAUCUUUUCUUGCAUCGUGCGUUUUGGCUACCCUAAAUUGCAUGAUGAACUUUUCAGAUACCAAAACCGGCAUGAUUGAGAGGGUGAAAGAACACCUCCAAGCAUAUGAAGGUGCUGUGCCUAUGAAGGCCAAGUGGAGUGUCAAUCUUGAAAAAUUCAUUUCUUGGGCAUUUUAUCUGAUCGAAUUCCAUAGGCGCAAUCAAGGAAAUAGGGACAAAGAUAUCCAAUCAAUCUUCGAAACCCAGCUACAAUUGUCAGCAUUUAAGACUUUUUUGAAUAUUGCUAGAGAAAACAUUAUGGGACAGAACUUUGGUCUGGCCUUUGAUGCAGCCUGCUUUUCACUCUCUCUCUUGUCCAACUCAGUUAACCAUGGCUGGUCAUCUGGAGUAGCAAGAGAUGCAGUACUGGAGUUACUAGGUUUCUUGGUGGAGGGGAGUGUGGAAAUUGUCAACCAAUGCUUUAUGAAAGCUGCUCGAUUUGGGAGCACAGAACUUGUAAGCAUUUUAUUGCAGAUAGCUCAAGCUAGAGGUUUGCAUGUGAAUGUCAAUUUUGCCCUUUUUGCUGCCUCUGAAUACUCUCACAUCAACACCAUGGAGUGUCUCGUCACAGAGGGGCAUGCAACGUACUUCUUCGGGCCCCUGAUGACAGCUGCCAGGAGUGGUUGCAUGCCAGUUGUCCAGUGGUUUGUCAAGCGAGGAUGUACUGAGAUGGAGCUCUGUUAUGCCCUCACUGCUGCCACUUCAAACAACCAAGUUGCCAUCAUCAGCUACCUCCUCCAAUGCAUCCCCCAACAGAUGCUCAACCUUUUCAGCUUUGAGAUCCUGAAGUCUGUGGGGGAGGAGAGGCCUGACUCCUUCGAAGGUGUUAACUUUCUUCUUAGUUCUGAUUUUCUCAGAGACCCUAUUGCAACGUAUGCAUUUGCCAACAGACUUGCAACAUCAAAUGAGGAGGCCAUCACACCUGAGCUGAAGGUUUUUUUACUUGAACAUUGGUCCGCGGAGGCAUUUGUUGAGGGAAUGAGAGCUGGAGAGGUCCAUUAUGUGAACUUGAUGAGGAUUCUCAGGAGAGGCAAGUCGGAGAUUUGUCUGAGAGAGUUGCCGCCACCACUGGUAAUUGUUAUAGCAUACCUGCCAUUGUACAGGGAGUGUUUGGCAUCCAGUGGGUCAUUGCUACCUCAGAGGCUGAGGGGGGAGCUCAUGGUGGCGGCGAGGAGGCUUAGCAAUUGGGCAGUGGAUGAAAUGAGCGAGAAGAGAGAGCUUUUAGAGAUCUUGCAGCAGCACAUGCCAUGUUUCUGAUUCCCUGGACAGCAUUUGGUUCAAAUUUAUCUUUUGAUCUCAUGGAUUUGGUACAGUUCCUUGAGGGUUUUAUUUGACAAUUUAAAGAUAGAGUUGUAAGAGUUUUGUCUUAAUCUAGUCUGAAGUUUAUUGUAAUGGCAGUGCUAUGUCUGACAGUUCAAAACAGUCUUAUGUGGUUUUUCUUUCUUAAUCAUAUUAAUCAUUUUGUCCGAAAA